UUAAGUAAUCGUUACUGUUGAUUAGUCACGGGUACACACUUAUCGACCAUCUUCAGCUGCUAUCGAUGAUAGUGCCACCACAGUGCACAACAGUUUGCGAAAAUUUCGUGUAAAAUUUACUAUUGAUUAGACAAAUUUGAGCCGUUGAAAUAAGACCAAUUGGCAAAUUGAAGAAAUUUCGCUGCCAAAGCCUUGCGGCAUGCAUUAAAUGUGUGAACAAAAUUAGCUGGCGCAAGCUAAAGCAAAACGUUGCUGCUGCUGUUGGAUUUUGCUGUUCGAAUCGUCUUUCAAUUUGGAGCCCCGUUUUUCCACCUACGCUGACGCGACGUCAAACGAAGCCGAAGCGCAAAGUGGGGGGAGGCACAGCACAGCUGAGCUAGCAGUAAAGCUGAUAUAUAAACAAAUAGAAUUGUUGCCUGGCCUGGGGCGUGGCUAGCUUGAUACCAAAUAGUAAUAAGACCCUCAACAAGUUGUUUGACGAUGGAGGAGGUAACACUCACAGAGCCCGAGACACGUUUCUAUAGUGAGCUGUUUCAAUGCUGUGAUGUGGAAAGCAGCAGUAAGGUGCCCAUGUUAAAGGCAACUGAACUCUUUCGCUCUGCGGACAUUGCCAACGAGACAGUCAUUGAGAUCACGGCUUUGGCUGGCAUUCCUUCCACUGCUUUGCACAUCUCUCGUGCUCAGUUUUAUUCAUGCCUUAAGCUAAUUGCCGCUCACCAAGCGGCUGUGCCAUUGCGUCAGGAGCUUAUAGCAGCCACUGUGCCAUUGCCCUUGCCGCAUUUUGGGUGGAAAGAAGCGGCAACAACUUCAACGAUUGCCUGUGAGAAUGGUUUGGGUGCCUUGCCGCCGCCUCCUACAAAUGAUCGCCGCAAUUCGCUGCGUCGCAAUUCUCAGCAGCAACAACAUCAACAGCAGCUGGAGCAGCUGCAGGAUACAUCGGAUGUGCCAAGCACUGAUUCUGAAGUGGAGCAAAACGAAUCUAGCUGCGGCGGCGAUUUCGAUGAGCUGGCCAAUGCGGAGGCUGUUGGUGUCGUCAGCAGCAGCAGCAGCCGCGAACCUCGUCGACGUGGCUCACCGGAAGCGUGGAGUACAAAUAGUGACAGUCCAACGCCCACAAACAGUGUCGCAGAGCGUCCUUGGGCGCAGGAUACGCUGUGGCAAGGAUUGCUAGGAGAUGAGCACCGCCAGCUGCUGGGCACCGAGGAGGAAUCUUCCGAUCGUCAUAGCAGCGAUGAUGAGGACAACGAAAGUGAAUUGAUUACUCUAUAUCAAAUCACUCCGGAACAGCGCGAAUAUUAUAAUAAACAAUUUAGAGCGGUACAACGAGAUCCGCAUGGCCUGCUAUCCGGGCAGGCAGCGCGCAAUUUCUUUGAGAAGAGUCGCAUACCCGUUGAGGAGCUGCGUCACAUUUGGCAGCUGUGCGAUGUGACGCGUGAUGGAGCUCUUAGUCUAUCCGAAUUUACGGCUGCUAUGCAUCUCGUUGUCCUCCGUCGCAAUAAUAUACCAUUGCCUAGCAGUUUACCCCAUUGUUUGCAUCCGAAUGUGCUGGCCAAAUCGACAACGACAAAUGCUUCUACAUCAUCAACCAUACCUCAAGAGCCGCCUGAGGCUGAUCUCCUGCAUUUGAAUGAUGACGACGACGAUGAGCACACAGACAAUACAAUCAUUAGCAGCACACAGCAGCAACAGCAGCCCAAGCCACGUCUCAAUGAUAAAAACAUUAUGAAUUUGAGCAGCAUUUCAACUUCCUCUCAAGCUAGCAACAGCAGCUCGAGACGAGAGGUGACAACGCCUGUGCUUAAGCAUCGCAGCAUUUCCAAUUCCCCAAAUGUGGAAAAGUCAACAGCAACAGCAGCAGCAAGUGGAGCAGGCGGUGCUGUUAGCUCAACGAACGAUGCCAGUCAAUGGACGAAAUUUAGCGAAUCUCCCACAACGAACGCCACAGCCACGGCCAGCGGAGCAAAUGCAACAACUGGAGCUGCAGCUAAUGCUGCUACGGGUGCUGGCGUACCUGCCCCUACUGCCGUUUCUAGUCCCGGUUUAAAACCAGCUCUGUUUGAUAUGAAACGCACUGCCCAGGAUGUGGGCUCCAAUCCUCAAAUCUUGCAUCCUGUGCCUCUACGUGUGACACCCAUAGGCACAGCCAUUGCGUCUUCAGGCGAUCCAUCAGGUCAACAGUCCAUUGCCGAUGUGGAAGGUGUUGUCGUGUUGCGCGAGGACAGCCCCAAAGCCAUAGCAACCACAACAACAUUAACAACAGCAACAAUGUCAUCAUCAACAACAUCAACUACAAGCAACACACAUAACAUUCAAAGGGAAAGCAACGAUCUUCGCGCCAUUCAAAGACCGCAAGCAAAGAAGCUGCCAGCAAAGAAUAAUAUUGGCGCUCUGCCGCCGCCGCCGCAAAGAGAGCCAAGUAUUGGCUCCCUUGGUCUCAGUGAGCCACCAGACCAGGCGACGCCAUUGCCACCGUCUAGCUAUGCAACGAGCUCCACAUCAUCUGUCAAGAAGGAGCCACCGCCUUUGCCGCCGCCACGCCCUCAUCGUCAUGCACGCAGUAGCAGUUUAGAUUUGAAUAAGUUCAAAAUUGGUGCAGCUGGUGCCCAACAGCCUGAGAUAACCGCGCAAGCCAGCUUCGAUAUGCAAACCUCAACGGGUUUUGCCGAUUUCACGCACUUUGCCGACGAUGCGAAUGUUGUAAUUGCUGGUGCUGCUGAGCAGCAGCUGCAUUCGCUGCCACCUGCACCACCGCCGCCCGCUUUUGUGCCGCCUAUUACAGCGCGCAUCACGUUGCAGACGCAACAACGCAUUUCAGCUUUUGAAGUUUAUCGCAAGCCACAGACCCCGGCGCCGAUAGCAGGAACAGUAGCUGCUGCUGCUGCAGCUGUUGCUGGACCGGCAACAGCAACAGUUGCUGGCCAGCUACCAAGCGCGGAGAGCUUUGAGAAGCGUGUAACAGCAAUUACCGAUUCAUUGCGUCAUGUGUCCUUCAAGCAGAAUCAAACGAGCACCACGGAGCUCUUGCAGCGUCUACGUGAGCAGAACAGUUCGUUGCUGCACCUGUGCAACGAUUUGAGCGACGAGCUGCUGAGCGUGCAGACACGCAAGGAGGAGAUGCGUCUUAAGCUGGAGAGUUUGACAGCUGCAAGUGGAGCAGCAGCGGGAACAACUGCAUCCGAAAUGGAUGUUAGCACACGGGCCGGCUCCUCAAUAUCAGCGCCAAUGACGGCGAAUGUGACGGGCGGCUCGUCCGGCUCAACGGGUGCCUAUACGAAUGUUUAAAUAAGCAGCCGAUUUUAUUGUUGUUUCUAUUUGUUGCAAAGAGAAUAAGAAGAAGAAGAAAAAACAAAACAUGUGAAUUUCGCAGCUUAAGUUUUUAUUGUUUUGCUAUUUAAUUGUAGGCUAGUUAAAUCUCAAAAAUCAUGCAAACAUCUUUGUCAAGCAACAAUAACAAUAAUAACGCCUCUUAUAGAAUACAUACAUAUACAUACAUAUUUAUGCAGAUUAAAUUUAUGUAUACUUCUCUUUAGCGCACACAAAGCUAAUUGAACUAAUUGUUAAAAAAUAAAUGUGUAAAUGUAAAUGAAAGAAAGAAAACGAAAAACCUAAAAAAGAAACUCUGCACCCUAGUUGAAAGGCGAUCACCAAGUGGCGUCGAAUGCAUUUGAAAAUUGCAAAACUGAUUGAACAUUUCUUUUUGGCUGAUUAUAAAUACAAUUUCAAUCUUAUAUUUAGUUUGUCCGAAGGCAAUAUAUCAUUAUUUAUUAACUAAUUCAGUUUUGCACAACUCGAAAAGCGAAAAGAAAUCCUGAUUCUCGACCUUCUCAUUCAUUCCGGCAAUGAAAAACAAAAUUAUGUAAUGAUAAUGUGCAAAAAGUUGUAACUUUUCGUAAGCCAGGCUUAAUUGUUUAAGUAUUUAAAAAAAAGUUAAAAACAAAAACAAAAAAAAAAACUAAGAAGUAUAAAUAUGUAACCAAUUUAAUUUCCUUGAAAGCUUAGCUUAGUUAAGAUCUUUUUUUGCAAAACC